AGGGACCAAGGCAGGAAGAAGAGAGAAAGGAGUUAAGAAGCAAGUAAGCAAGCAAGUGAGCAAGGGAACGAGCGAGCGUUUGGCUCGUCUCGGGAGUGCAGUGCACGACGAUGUCGCAAGAAUGCCAUCGUUUUCAACGUUGUCGUUGUCUUUCUUUUCGUUAUUCCGGUCGUUAUCGUUGUCGUUGUCUUUCUUGGAGAUUAGCAGCCUUCUAAUUGAACAUCGAUCAUCUUGCGUAGCUUUGCUACGCCAGGAUUUGCCGGUUCUUCGUUUCGCGAAUGCAGGUGCAGGUGCUUAUGCUUGUGCAGGUGCUGGUGAAGGUAGUGUUGUGGUUCACGUUAAAAGCUUGAGUAUUGGUGUUAGUGAGAAAGGUGAGAUAAAGAGAAAUAAAGAGCAGAUCAGAAGAAUAUUUCGAAACCGACGUUUAGUAGUCAAUGGUUGUUGGAAUUAUCGUCGUCGUUGUUGUUACCACAUAAAAGACAUCAACAUAUCUAGAAGUUGAAGAGGUGCUGGAGAACGUUCAGGAGCUGAGAAAAUCUUCGGGAGGGGGAACUCGAGUAAAAGGAUUCCGUGUAACGCGCGCUCCGAUUUGCCGGCACAGCAUCUCUUGACUGGUACGAAGAGGAAAGCAAUAGGUAGAUACAAUGUUGUCACAGGGACAAGAUACCCCUUCAAGUGGUUAUUCGUCGAACAAUGCUGUUUAUCAAGGUGCACCCUGUGGCCAGUGUCGAGAUUUGUGUCCUGCCGGUUAUGUGCCACACUUUUGGAGAAAGGUUUGCAGGAGCUGCAGGUGUCCGAGAGAAGAACAUCAACGAGCAUCGACGGAAACAGGCGGCCCAUCUGGAUUGGGCCUUGGCCCGGGCCCUCCGAUGGCGAUGGCAAUGGCGUUUCAAACUGGUGCCGGGGCAGGUUCCCAUCAGGAACCGUUCAAGAGCCCGGUGCAAGCGGCACCAGCUGGUCUUGCACUCCAGGAAGCUCUGAUGCAUCAUCAGAGGCACUCGCAGAGCGACGACGAUAGCGGAUGCGCACUCGAGGAGUACACGUGGGUACCGCCUGGCCUAAGGCCUGACCAGGUGCAUCUGUACUUCAGUAGUCUACCAGAAGAGAAAAUACCGUAUGCGGGUAGUGCCGGUGAACGGGAGAGGGUGAAACAACUGCUUCAACAGCUACCACCACACGAUAACGAAGCUAGAUAUUGUAGCGGGCUUUCGGAAGAAGAGAAACGUGAGUUGAGAGUGUUUGCGGCACAACGGAAACGGGAAGCUCUUGGUAGAGGACAUGCGAGUCAAUUGGAGAGGCCACACACCAGCGGAUGUCGAGAGUGCUCGAGGCCGAUCGCGACCGGUGAGAUGGCAGUUGCAGCGAAUCGUGCAGGUCCUUCUGCCCUUUGGCAUCCAGCCUGCUUCGUUUGCUGCGUUUGCCGGCAACUUCUCGUCGAUCUCAUUUAUUUCUGGCGAGAUGGAAGGAUCUACUGUGGUCGACAUCACGCGGAGACUUUAAAGCCACGAUGUUGCGCCUGCGAUGAAAUCAUUCUGGCUGACGAAUGCACCGAAGCCGAAGGCAGAGCUUGGCAUAUGAGACAUUUCGCGUGUCUCGAAUGUGAUCGACAGCUUGGUGGUCAGAGAUACGUUAUGAGGGAGGGACGACCAUAUUGUCUUCGUUGUUUCGAUGCCUCCUUUGCCGAGUAUUGUGAUAGCUGCGGCGAACCGAUCGGAGUCGACCAAGGUCAAAUGUCGCACGAAGGUCAACAUUGGCACGCGACAGAGGCAUGUUUUUGCUGUGCAACAUGUCGUACCUCACUUUUAGGCCGUCCCUUUCUUCCUAGACGUGGUGCUAUUUAUUGCAGUAUAGCCUGUAGUAAAGGAGAACCACCAACAACUCCGAGUGACUCUUCAGCUGGUCCCCCACCUCCACCUUGUUUCCUUAGAGGUAGAAGACAAGCAGCAACAACCAGCGAAGGUUCUUCAAGUCCACCACCACCUCCACCUCCUCCACCGCCAGGAUCUAGACACGUUUCAGGAUCGCUACGAAACUCGCCAAGAUUGACCAGGAAACAUCAGCAAGUCUCUUCCUCGAUAGCAACUACCCCAACACAGAGUACCUUGAGUCCAGAAUUCCCUACGGAAGGAUUUCCUACUAGUGGAUCUAGGGGUGGAGGUCUUGAUAGAGUACUUCUCGAAAGGAAUCUCGAGAGAUUGUUACAAGAACGUGGCUCUCAUCCUGAAGAAAAUCGUAGCGAUUUGGGAAGGCUAAUGCAAGCGAGGGACCGAGAGCCACUCCGAUGCGUUCAAAACUGUACACCUUCCCACGCUUCAAGUAUGCCUGAACUUCCUGCACCUCCAUUGCGAGCUUCAUCAUCUACGUCGGUGCCAGCUACGAGUGGUAUCGCAGCUGGUGCAUCAACAAUUACUCUUGCUCAAGAGUCACCAAUAUCACCGACGAAUCUCGCUGCAAGUCAAACGGAUCCACCGACUCCUACGUCUCGACGCGUGCGGUUUCAAGGUGACAUAGAUGUCCGCGAUCAUGGGGCACCGUCAUCGAGUAAUAUACCUCUUUCACCGGCAAACGAUACCAAUUCAUCAUCCUCACCAUCUCCACCACCAACGACGAACAAUCCUUUGUCCAGGACAAACGUUCCUCGAUCGAGAAGUUUACAGCCGGAGGAGGUCGCCAGUACGUCGACUUGGGGUGCAGCAGGAUCAUCGAGGUCAAGACUGGAGGAUACAGAGGAUGCUGAAAGUUGCUGCUCGACUUGUAGUUCUUCAAGUAGCUCCGAUGAAGCUGCAGCUUAUGCUUUACCACCUAGAAGAGCUUAUGGUGGUGUCCGUAUUUCUUAUGUACCGAACGAUGCGGUUGCGUGCGCGCGAAAACGGACUCAACCGUCUUCUUCCUCGUCGAAUCAAGCUCAAAGAGACACCGAAAAAUGCGUAGUGUCUUGAUGAUCGUGCUUCAAAAAAUAUCCCCGUUUAUUCGGCGGUUUUGUGUUACGCUUAACGUUUGUACGAUCGAUGGAUCUCUCCCCUAUCUUAGUGUGCAUUACGAGAAACGAGCUAACUAAGACUUUAGAAGAAAAA